GCGCCGCGCCGACCUGCAGCGCCCGGCUGGCUCGCACUCCGCCUCCCCGGCUCAGCCCCCCGCCGCCGCGGGACCAGAGCCCUAAGCCUCUUGUGAGUGUCACACGGUCAGCGCGAGAACUACUGGAGGACUUCUCAUUGUUCCGGGAGAAUCCAGGAUCACCUCUCCCUCCUCCAGGGUCCAGGAGCAAGUGAGUGGUACUCUGGGGAAGAGCCCACUGCUGGAAGGACUGCGGGAGGAGAUGCCCUGGAGCCAGUGCUAAGGUAGCCGGUCACCUUUUACCCAGGAGCUCUCAGUGCUGUUGCCAGAGCUGGCAGUAGAGCCAUUUCAACAAAUCAUCUCUUUUAAUGAUCUUUGGCAGACAUCAAAUCCACACGUUGUACAAUGGUAGAUGGAGUGAUGAUUCUUCCUGUGCUAAUGAUGAUUGCUUUCCCUUCCCCUAGUAUGGAAGAUGAGAAGCCCAAGGUAAACCCCAAACUGUACAUGUGUGUGUGUGAAGGCCUCUCCUGUGGGAACGAGGACCACUGUGAAGGCCAGCAGUGCUUUUCCUCGCUGAGUAUAAACGAUGGCUUCCACGUCUACCAGAAAGGCUGCUUCCAGGUCUACGAGCAGGGGAAGAUGACCUGUAAGACGCCUCCGUCACCGGGCCAAGCUGUGGAGUGCUGCCAAGGGGACUGGUGUAACAGGAACAUCACGGCCCAGCUGCCCACUAAAGGGAAAUCCUUUCCUGGAACACAGAAUUUCCAUUUGGAGGUUGGCCUCAUUAUUCUGUCUGUAGUGUUCGCAGUAUGUCUUCUAGCCUGCCUACUGGGAGUCGCUCUCCGAAAAUUUAAAAGGCGCAACCAAGAACGCCUCAAUCCCAGAGAUGUGGAGUACGGCACCAUCGAAGGGCUCAUCACCACCAAUGUUGGAGACAGCACUUUAGCAGAUUUAUUGGAUCAUUCGUGUACAUCUGGAAGCGGAUCUGGUCUUCCUUUUCUGGUACAAAGAACAGUGGCUCGUCAGAUCACAUUGCUGGAGUGUGUUGGGAAGGGCAGGUAUGGUGAGGUGUGGAGGGGCAGUUGGCAAGGGGAGAAUGUGGCUGUGAAGAUCUUCUCCUCCCGGGAUGAGAAGUCAUGGUUCAGGGAAACAGAGCUGUACAACACUGUGAUGCUGAGGCAUGAAAACAUUUUGGGUUUCAUAGCCUCAGACAUGACAUCAAGACACUCCAGUACACAGUUGUGGUUAAUCACACACUAUCAUGAAAUGGGAUCAUUGUACGACUACCUUCAGCUCACUACUCUGGAUACAGUUAGCUGCCUGCGAAUAGUGCUGUCCAUAGCUAGUGGUCUUGCACAUUUGCACAUAGAGAUAUUUGGGACCCAAGGAAAACCAGCCAUUGCUCAUCGAGAUUUGAAAAGCAAAAACAUCCUGGUUAAGAAGAAUGGACAGUGUUGCAUAGCAGAUUUGGGCCUGGCGGUCAUGCAUUCCCAGAGCACCAAUCAGCUCGACGUGGGGAACAACCCCCGUGUGGGCACCAAACGUUACAUGGCCCCCGAAGUUCUCGAUGAGACCAUCCAGGUGGAUUGCUUCGAUUCUUAUAAGAGAGUUGAUAUUUGGGCCUUUGGACUUGUCUUGUGGGAAGUGGCCAGGCGGAUGGUGAGCAAUGGUAUUGUGGAAGAUUACAAGCCACCAUUUUAUGACGUGGUUCCCAAUGACCCUAGUUUUGAAGAUAUGAGGAAGGUGGUCUGCGUGGAUCAACAGAGGCCCAACAUACCCAACAGAUGGUUCUCAGACCCGACAUUAACCUCUCUGGCUAAGCUGAUGAAAGAGUGCUGGUAUCAAAAUCCAUCUGCAAGACUCACAGCUCUGCGUAUCAAAAAGACUUUGACCAAAAUUGAUAAUUCCCUAGACAAAUUGAAAACUGACUGUUGACAUUUUCAUGGUGUCAAGAAGGAAGAUCUGAUGUCAUCGUUGUCCAGCUGGGACCUAAUGCUGGCCUGACUGGCAGUCAGAAUAGAAUCCAGCUGUCUCCCUCCCCAAGUGGCUGCUUUGACAAGGCAGACAUCUUACCCAGCCAUGUGCUGGGGAGACACCAAAACCACCCUAACCUCGCUCAAUGACUGUGAACUGGGCAUUUCACAAACUGUUCACACUGCAGAGACUAAUGUUGGACAGACACUGUUGCAAAGGUAGGGAACUGGAGGAACACAGAGAAAUCCUAAAAGAGAUCUGGGCAUUAAGACAGUGGCUUUGCAUAUCUUCACAGGUCUCCUAGACACUCCCCAUGGGAAACUCAAGGAGGUGGUGAAUUUUUAAUCAGCAAUAUUGCCUGUGCUUCUCUUCUUUAUUGCACUAGGAAUUCUUUGCAUUCCUUACUUGCACUGUUACUCUUAAUUUUAAAGACCCAACUUGCCAAAACAUUGGCUGCAUACUCCACUGGUCUGUCUUUGGAUAAUAGGAAUUCAAUUUGGCAAAACAAAAUGUAAUGUCAGACUUUGCUGCAUUUUACACGUGCUGAUGUUUACAAUGACGCUGAACAUUAGGAAUUGUUUAUACACAACUUUGCAAAUUAUUUAUUACUUGUGCACAUAGCAGUUUUUACAGAACUGCUUUGUGCAUAUGUUAAAGCUUAUUUUUAUGUGGUUCUUAUGAUUUUAUUAUCAAAAUGUUUUUAACACUAUACUCUGAAAUGGACAUUUUCUUUUAUUAUCAGUUAAAUUCACAUUUUAAGUGCUUCACAUUUAUAGGUGUGUAGACUGUAAGUUUUUUUCAGUUCAUAUGCAGAACGUAUUUAGCCAUUACCCAUGUGACACCACCGAAUAUAUUACUGAUUUAGAAGCAAAGAUUUCAGUAGAAUUUUAGUCCUGAACGCUGUGGGGAAAAAUGCAUUUUCUUCGGAAUUAUCCAUUAUGUGCAUUUAAACUCUGCCAGAAAAAAAAAAUAACUAUUUUGUUUUAAUCUACUUUUUGUAUUUAGUAGUUAUUUGUAUAAAUUAAAUAAAAUGUUUUCAAGUCAAAGUGAAAUUUUUCAACAUAAAGAUCUACAUAAUAUAAAGAAUUUUCUUAUGGGAAUAAUAGAAGUAUAAAAUUAAUUUGUAAAUCAAAUUUGUUUUUUACAUCUAUUAACAAACUUGAGGGUUCUUUGGAAAAUGGCCUCCAGCUUGAAUUUAUUAUCAGAAAAUUUAAAUUUUGUUUUUCUAGGCUGUGAUUUUAUUUUUUUCUUGGUCAGUUUCCCCAACUUUGAAGUAAGGGUAACAGACCUAUCUAACCUGCCUCCUUCAAAAGGGAGUUGCUCCUUCAAAAGGGAGUUGUGAGUAUAAAUGGAAAGGAGGAGGUCAAAGCAUUAUGUUUAAUAUAAGGUCCUGUGUGAGAGGAAAGCCAUUCUAGGCAUUUCACAUUGCUGCUUGAGGAGAGUCCAUUGUUGGCUUUUUUUACUUCUUGUUUUCAAUAGGCUUGAAAAUAUAGGGUUUAGAGUAACCCGCUAAGAGUAGAGGUGUUAAAAUUGUGGAAUGUUCACCAGAGGUAAGUUAUACAAUUAUAUGGAGUAUAUAAUUUUAUGGAGGGUAUAUCUUAAAGUUGCAUUUAACUUUUUAAAAAACGUCUUGGUAAAACACACAUAAAUUUUGCCAUGUUAAGCAUUUUUAGAUGUAUAGUUUAGUGGUAUUAAGUAUAUUCACAUUGUUAUGCUGCCAUUGCUAACACUGAUCCACAGGACUUUUUCAUACUGCAAAACUGAAACUCUAUCAAACUCUUCAUUCCUCACUCUAGUCCCUGGCAGCUAUCAUUCUGCUCUUUGAGUUUACCUAUUCUAAGUACUUCAUAUAAAUGGAAUCAUAAAAUAUUUGAGACUGCCUUAUUUCACUUAGCAUAAUGUCCUCAAGGUUCAUCUUUGUGAUAGCAUAUAUCAGAAUUUCCUUUCUUUUAUAGCUGAUAAUAUUCCACUAUAUAUACUACAUUCUGUUUCUCCAUUCAUUUGUUGAUGGACAUUUGGGUUGCUUUGACCUUAUGGCUUUUCUGAAUAAUGCUGCCAUGAACAUGGCUGUAUAAAUAUCUCUUUGAGUCCUUUCUCUCAAUUAUUUUGGCUGUAUACCCACAAAAAGUGGAGUGGAAUCACAUUUAACUUUUGAUGAAGUAUUAUGUACAUAUAUAAAAGUGCAUACAGCUUAAUGUAUUUUAUAAAUUUAAUUAAAUUUGUUGCACCCAUGGAAACAGCACUUAGAUCAAGAAGCAGAACCCUGACUUAUCUAGAGUGAUGUCAGGAUCAUGGCAGCAUGAGUUGUUCCUUUUUCCUCCCCUUUUCCAUUUAUAACUCAUUAGACAUCUAUAACUGAA